AUGGAGGGGCCGGCAUGGGAAGUGUUGGCGACUUCUGCAACGGUUCAAUAUUUCCACACGGGCCACCUGACGGAUGUUCUGUCAUCGUCUCCUUGGGUAGCACCGUCGGGAGGAGAAAGCCAUGACAACAAGGGCGCAGAAAACAGCGAUGGUUCGACAGUCUCGAAUCCGCUUUUCGAAUCACCCCCGGAAGAGGUUUCUGUGUCGCUUUAUCUGGAGAGUGAUCCUGAGACGUUAGUGGUUGUGGCUGUACCCAGGUGGCUCUCGGAUGGAGAGAUAUGGGAGGCGGCGUUCGGAACUUGUUCAAAGGCGUUCGGACCGUUCCAAGGAAUCCUGGUCAACGUUAACGACUGCGUCGAUUUGGUCACCAGCGCGAUCAAGGCUAAGAGGGUGGACCUGUUCAACAUCAUGUCACGACGACUAACAGCCUAUUUGAGGAGCGUAAGCCCCAGCUACAAUUUCGAGGGACAUACGGGUGGGUUUCCGCGAAAGGUCGAAGCCCUUGGAGCGGUGUCGCGGGACGGGGGAGAUCGCGUGAAAAAGAUUUGCGAGGUGGGCUUUAACGCUGGGCACAGCUCCCUCAACUGGCUGCUUCACUCGCACCCUUCGACCAAGAUCUUGGCCUUUGAUUUGGGCGAACACGAAUACAUGAGGCACGCCCUUGACUUCCUGCAGGCUAUGUUUCCCGGUCGGUUGGAGGUACUCAUCGGAGAUUCUUCUGUAACCAUCCCGGCAUACGUGGUGGCAGAAGCGGCAGCUGGCAGAGAACCUCAAGGAUGCAACAUCCUUUUCGUUGAUGGCGAUCACAGUGAAGACGGUGCCUAUGCCGACCUUGUCAACUUCCGGGCAAUGGCUAGCAGGUAA